AUGAAAUAAAAUCAAGUCUGUAGAUUUUCCACUAAUAGAUACUUAAAAUUAUACAGAGCAAUAGCUAUCAAUCAUGAUAACACUCUGAUUAUUGCUGCAGCUGAAUUAAACAUAAAAGCCAUCUAGGUCAUUCUACCACCUCUUUCAUAAUCAGAAGCCUUUCGAAUUACAAUUACAAAAGCAUCUUUAGAUAAAUUGAAAUACUUAAAGGUAAAAAUUAAGAUUUUGUGUCUUCUCUAAUGUUUUUCAAAAAACUCCAUCACUGAGAAAUUCAUUUAUCUCGGGUUUAGAUGGUAAUACGAAUAUUAUUUGGUCGCCUCUUAAUUCAUUCGAAUUUACAAUACCAACUAAUCAGAAAGACUAAUGUAUACGAGAAGAAAUAUGUUUAAAUAUACUUACUCCAUCAGAGACCUUAUUAUUAGUGGGUCUUAUGAUAAGAAGAUUAAAUUUUGGUCUCUUCCAUCAACAAAACUUCUUUACCAUGGAAAUGUUCAUAGACUAUUGAAGAACAUACAGCUAAAAUUUUUGGAUUAUCAAUUAAUCAAGAAGGUAAUACAUUACUUUCUUGUGCUAGUCAUUUUUGAAUAUUAGUGAUGGUAGGUUCUAAUAAAACAUAAUGAAAUAUUAGAUAAAGAAUAUCAGUAGAUCAAUGGAGAUAUAGAUUAUGUUUUAUAAAUAAUCAUGUUUUUACAUCUUAACCUAUAGAAACAGCUCCUCAAUUAUAGAUCAGCGCACAUUCAUAUUUUUAUUUACAAUAACCAAAAAGAAUAGUAUUAAAAAUCAAAAACAGAAUUGGUUUAAGGUGGUGGGUAACCCUGCAGGCCUUAUUUUUCCAUAAUUAUACCUUUAUUCAGUUUACCUUUUACUUUCUAAAAAUGAUCAUUAUUUAAACCUUAUUAGACUCAAAUUCUCAUCCUCCAAAUCUGAUUUGGAAAGUAAUUUAGAAUAGGCGAUUAACUUAGGUAGCAAUAGGAGGUUGUUUCAGCAUUGUAGUGGAUUUUCUAAAUGA